GAAUUAGCCGAAACAUGUCAGGCGGUAGGACCUCGCGGAAAUACGCGUGAACACUGGGUAUUGGAGCGCGUGAGAGGAAGAAGUUACACGCACGUAAACAUAGUGGCUAGCUACGUUCACUGUAAAUGGUCAGGAUGACCCAGAAGCACUACCUGGAGGGCCAGGUGUACUCUGUGCCGCUCAUCCAGCCCGACCUGCGCAGGGAGGAGGCCGUGCACCAGAUCGCCGACGCCCUGCAGUGUCUGGAGAAGAUCUCCAGCGACAUCUUCAGCAGGGUGUCCCAGAGCGUGGAGAGGAACCGCGCCCACCUGCAGGCCGUCAACGACCGCGUGCGGCUGGCCCAGGCCCGCGUGCACAAGAUCAAGGGCAGCAAGAAGGCCACCAAGGUGUUUUCUAGCGCCAAGUACCCCGCCCCGGAGAGGCUGCAGGACUAUGUUUCCAUCUUCACAGGCGCGUCGGACCCUUCCGCUCAAAAGCGGCCCCGCUACAAGGUGCAGAGUAAGCACCGCCCCCUGGAUGACAAGGCGAUACAGGAGAAGCUGACGUACUUCCCUGUGUGUGUGAACACCACCAAGCGCACGGAGGACGAGGCUGAGGAGGGCCUGGGGGGCCUGCCCCGAAACGUCAGCUCUGUGAGCUCCCUGCUGCUCUUCAACACCACAGAGAACCUGUAUAAGAAGUACGUGUUCCUGGACCCCCUGGCUGGAGCGGUAACCAAGACGCACCACACCCUGGAGACGGAGAAGGAGGAGAAGCCGUUCGACGCCCCCCUGUCCAUCACCAAACGGGAGCAGCUGGAGAGACAGCGGUUAGCAUGUUUUUUUUUAUUUUUGUUUUUUUUUUUCCCAGGUUUGCGCUUCAGCGUCGAAGCUCCGCCUCCGCCGCCGCCCCCUCCUCCGCCUCCGCCGCCCGAGUCCCCGCGCCUGAACGCCGCCGCCCCGCCCGGCGCGCCCCCGGCCCCGCCCCCGCCUCCGCCCCCUCCCCCUGCCCCGCCCUCCGGAGACAGCCAGCCUCCAGCAGGCGCGGUGCAGGGGGCGCCCUCGGAUGUGGCGCAGCCGUCGGACGGGCGGGCCAGCCUCCUGGAGUCCAUCCGCAUGGCCGGCGGCAUCGGCAAGGCCAAGCUGCGCAACGUCAAGGAGCGCAAGAUGGAGAAGAAGAAGCAGAAGGAGCAGGAGCAGGUGGUGGCCGCCGCCAGCGGAGGGGACUUCAUGUCGGACCUGUUUAACAAGCUGGCCAUGCGCCGGAAAGGGAUCUCCGGAAAGGGCCCGGUGGCGGGAGAGGGGGCCGACGCCCCCCAGGCGGGCUCGGGCGGGGCCUUCGCCAGGAUGUCGGACGUCAUCCCGCCCCUCCCCGUCCCCCAGCAGCCAACCGCAGAGGACGAGGAGGACUGGGAGGCGUAACCGCGGAGACCUGUCCUCCUAUCGGAAGAGCUUGGGGGAGGGACGGAACUCCCUGCCUGCGGAAAAGGGGCGGGGCUUCCCGAUUCAGACAACGACUGGGAUAUUUUUGUCUAAUGACAAAUAGAAAAGUUUCCCCCCGAAAAUAACAUUAAGGCAUUUUACUAGCAUUUUGAAAACAGGCGAGGAAUUCUGAAGUCUAGUGCCCAACCUUUCUUUUUCUUUUUCUUUUUUUUGCCCGUCUUUUUUGGUUUUGUCAGUGUGUGCUCUUUUUUUUUUUGAAGCGCAAUGCAGUUAUGUGGUUGGUUGAACAAGGCAUCAUCUUAGAUUUGUGGCCAGCCCUGGAGGCCGCGCGUCUGAAGUACCGUUCCGCUGCGCUCACUCUCAUCCUCCCUUCUGCAGUCGGGCCGUAAUGGAAUAUCUCCGGUCACGCCUUUCUGAAAACGACAUGGCUCUCCUCUGUCCCACACUAAAGCUUCUCCUGUGACCAGAAAACAGGGUAAUGACACUACCUUCUGUGGCCUUCUUGGACUCGAGCCAGUUUGGCUUUUUUGUGGCAUUAGGCGUAGAAUCCACCCGAGACUCCAUUUUUUUGGGGGGGUUUUUUUUUUUUGCGUUCUUCCCGAGCCUGUUGCGCCGUACGCCAUCCCACGGGCGAGCAGCUUCGCAGGGAGAGGGAGACUGCGGAGACGGCGAAACGUCGCACGCAGACCCCCGUCACCAGAUGGGCGGGGGGGGGGGUGUCUGAAACGGGGAUCAACGGCUCGCUCCCCCGCCCCUCUGUCUCAGAUCUGCGGAUUUGUGGGUGUUUAUUUAUGGUGGUCGUCAGGGACGACCCUCGCUGGUUACGCACUGCUGCCGUGUGCCACCCGUGACUGCGUCAUUAGGUUUGGCGUCCCCCAAACCCCCCCACCCCGCCCCCCCCCGCCGCCACCUUGCCCAGACUGCGUAGAAAGGCACACGCGCCUCUCUGUGUUGGUGUAAAAUGUGUGUCCCCCCUCCCCAUUGUCCAAGCUCAAGUGUGUCUGAUGUGCACCUCUUGAAAAUAUGUGUAGAGAUGCUGUGUCUGAUUUGUUUGUUUAGAUAUGGGGUGAAGAUGUGAAUUGUGUGUGCGUGUGUGUGUGUGUGAGAGAGAAUGCGUGUGUGUAUUAUAACAGCGGUUCUUCAUUUAUGGGGAUAUAUAUGUAUAUGCCUCCUGGACUGAUCAGUUUUGUUUUUCCAAUGUUUAAAACUAAUCUGCAAAAAUCUGUCACAGGAUAUGAUUUUGCAAACUGAAAAUAUAUAAUUGAUCUACACAGUA